GAGCAGUGCACUGCGAGAAAUUACAUGAUGAGUUGUGUCGUGUAAUUGCAUUCGAUUCGAGUGCGCUGCAUUAUGCAACAGGCAGCUGCACAGUUGACAAAUUAACUGAAAACGCGAACGACAUCGACGGCAAAUCAAAUGCUUCAAAUUAAUUUACGGCCUGCCCUCGAAAUGCCGUACAACAAAGCCGAUGAUCAGUCAGCCAGCCCGACGCUGGCGCUGGCGCUGGCACGUUCCAUCAACCGCGAUGCGCAGUGUAAGCGGCAAUACACACUAAAUAAAAAAUCAAUUUGAUGGCUCGCACAGAUCGUUAAGAUCCCGGCCCAGACUCUGUGGCUUCCAUUCCAGCAGUCGGCAAUUGGACAGCGCCGCAGCAAGAUCGUCGUGAACGCGUCUCAGAAAUCGAAUCGUUACAAAUUACACAGACUCUUUUUAUUGUAACAUAAAAAAAAAUCAUAAAAUUUUAAAUAAAUACAAUUGAACUAUUUCAACUUAAUUAAUAACUAUUUAUGAGUAGUGCUUAAAAAAUUUAAUUUGAUUUGUGAUUUUUAAUAUAAAACUAUAUCUUGUAUAAUUUAUACCUCGGUAAUAAAGUCAAGUGGUGUAUAUAUUAUAGAGCGUCUAGAUUCGUUGAUGUUAGCCACCUGCAAAGAAACGGAAUUUGAUCAAAAUAUUGUUAUAAUUUUUGAGUUAAGUGGCAACGCUGUUAAUGGAAAGAUUCUCCAGCCAAAGUACCGCAAUAUUGAAAUCAAAUCAGUUCGAUACUCGCGCUUAAAAGAGGAAGAAAUAGCGACGUUCUGAUUUUUAGCAGAAGCUGCAAUAAUCAUUUCAACUGUGUUCGUGGCCUGUGUGUGUUUUUUCUUUGUGUGAUUUUUUAGACAACUAAGCGAAAAAAAAGUUGGUGACCAAAAAUUAGCUGAAGUCGCGCGGGAGAUUUUCAUUGACGAUAGUGUGGAAACUCAUAAAUUGCAGCUAAUCGGGGAAUUCGAGUUCGAUCGGCAAGAGCCAAUGCGCUAAUUAGGCGAACAGUGCUAAAAAGACAGAGAAACGACAAAAUACACCAUAUAAACAAAUCAGAUGAAAAAGCAGAGAGCUGAGCAAUGUUGAAAAGACGCCGAUGUAAACAACAGCAACAAGCAGCACAGGAGCAACAAGAACAACAACAAUACCAACAGCAACAUUCGCAUUUUCAGCAACAAUUAUAAGCACGCACGAGCAGCAGACCCUUAGCAACAUGCUGCUAAAGCUUCGAAACAUGUUGCUAGCGCUAGCUAACAUCUUCGCCUUGGCCUCGGCCUUGGCAGCCAUACAGCCAAAUCCAUCAGCCGAGUUCAGAGAGUGCACCAGCAUAGAUAUACGCAACGAAUGCAGCAAAAUGAAAUUAUUGGAUAACUGUACAGUGGUCAUUGGCUAUGUAAUGAUCACACUGCUGCCCAGUCACAAUUGCAACUUUACGGCGUAUUCGUUUCCCAAAUUACGCGAAAUCACGGACUUUAUGAUAUUCACCGAGGUAAAGGACUUGACCAACAUCCGUGAUAUGUUUCCCAAUCUCACUGUAAUACGCGGCCGAAAACUCUUUCUUAAUUAUGCUCUGGGCAUUAGCAGUAUGCCCGAUUUAGAACUGUUGGAAUUCAAAUCUCUAGUUGCCAUACAACGUGGACACGUCUACAUCGGCAACUGCCCCAAGCUCUGCCAGCUGAAUAGGGUCAAUUGGGAUCGACUCACACUGAGUGCUGGGGAGAAUCAUAUUGUCAGUGGAUCCAACAACUGUACGCAUCGUGCUAACUGCAAAGGUUGCGCCUCCAACUAUUGUUGGUCGAAUUUCACCUGUCAACGCUUCGAAAACGAUAAUGUGGUACAUUAUGAUCGAAAUUUGCAGAGCUGCCAUGAGGAGUGCCUGGGCGGCUGUCACAAUGCAACAGCCGCAGGCUGCGUGGUCUGCCGAGGACUAACGGAUGCGGGUGUCUGUGUGAAGCGCUGUCCGCCAAACAAGUAUGUGCUGGAGCAUUAUCAACGCUGUUACACCCGCGACGAAUGCAUCCGUAUCCAUGGGCAUUACACGUUUGGCUACAAGUGUGUCGCAUUCUGUCCCAGCGGCUACAAGGCCAAUGCCGCAUCACAAUGCGUACGCUGUGCGCCGCUGGAGGCAUGCAUUAGCGUCUGUUCGCCGGAGCAUAUGGAUGGAAUGAUUGUCAUCUACAAUCUGGCCGAUGCUGAGGAAUUGCGCGGUUGCCAAAUUGUUAACAGCAGCCUCAUCAUCACCAUACGCAACAAGGUCAACGAGGAGCAGCUGGAGCAGAGUUUCAGCAGUCUACGCGAAAUACGUGGACAUCUGAAGAUCUAUCGUGCCUCCCAGCUGAGCAGCUUGAAAUUUCUGAGCAACCUGCGCCGCAUACACGGCGAUCCUCUCGAGAAUCGCCAUUUCGCCUUCGUGCUGUAUGACAACAAGCAGCUCACCGAACUGUGGGAGCCAACCAAGCAGCUGGAGUUUGUUACCGGCGGCAUGUACAUGGAUCGCAAUAAUAAGCUGUGCAACAGGCAUAUCAGAGAGUUUCAGGAUCGUGUCAUACACGACAAGGUGAUGGACAAGCUACAGACCAGCGAUCAGGAGGUGCUUUGCGGUCCAGCCAAGCUGCAGUUGAUCGUGCAGCCCACAUCGCAUCGCACAGUGCAACUCAGCUGGCUGAAAUCUCAAAUGAGCGUGGAGCUGGAGCUGAUUUAUAGAACCGUGCCGUUGGGCACAAAAUACGCCGAGCAGAGCGAACUGGAGGCGCCAGUCUGCACGCGCAUCAAUUGGCAGAGACUGUUGCUCUUUGCGGACGAUCUGCAAGAUAAUGGCACCCACUACAGCUAUCAGCUGGAUCAGCUUCGUCCGCAUACGCGCUACGCCUGCUUGUUGCGUACCUUUGGAGGCGAUGCGCAGCACGAUGCGCGCAGCGAUUUGAUGUACGUGGAAACGCACAUGGAUAUACCGAAGCCUCCUUCACUGUCCGUAAGCAAAAAGACGGACAAUACGCUAACGCUGCGCUUGAAUGGGAAGGAGCUGGACUACUAUAUGUUAACCGUGCACGAGCUGGCAGACGAUGUGGCCUACAUGGAUGAGCGCAAUUUUUGCCGGCAACCGGCGACCAGGCAGGACAUGGAAGCAGUGCGAUGGCGCCAGGAACAAGAUGACUACGAUGCAUGCUGUGCGCGGCAGGCAAAUCAAGCGCUAGAUCAGGAUUUCAUUAGCCAAAUGGCUGACAUGUAUCGCUGCAGUCUGGAUGAGGUGGACAACUGCACGCCCGUGGAGGCAAAGACGGGAAAACAGCUGCGCCUGGAUGCCAAUGUGACGGCCUAUGAGCUGCGCCAGCUGCAGCGUUAUCGCUUAUACUCGUUGCAAUUGCAGGCUUGCAAUAUGCUCGGCUGCAGCAGCUCCACGACGGUGCACGAGCGCACGAAUUUCACAAUCGGCGCAGACUUGCCGCUGAUAAUGGCAUGCCGUCUCCCCAAAACAAUGGACUACAUUGUGCGCUUUGCGGAGCCAGAUCAACCGAAUGGAUUGAUUGUUAACUACGUGCUACACUAUCGCAGCAAUGUGUCCGAGCAGGUGGCCGAAACGCAUCUGAGCUGCAUAACGCGACGUCAGCAUGCCCUGGCAAAUUACGUGCAUAAGAGCUCAUUGAAUGGCACCUACAACGAGUGUGCCGUGCGCGUUCAUUCGCUAGCCGGAGAUGUCAUCACAAACUAUGUCACAAUUACGUGGUGCGACGCGGAGCAAAGCAAGAUGCCGUCAACGAUAGCGCCGGAGAUUCCUAAUGAAGGUCUGCAGACAGCUAAGACAAAGGAACAUGCGCAGGAGGGGAAGGAAGAGAUUCAUUCGCAUGUGCGUGGCGUAAGCAUAUUUCUGUUAUGUUUCUUCUUUGGAUGCGGAUUAUCGCUGGUUUGGCUGCUCUAUAAGCGGCGCUGUUGGCGCAAGUGGCCGGGACUGCGUCGUUAUGUGCCAGUGCGGGAGCAAUGGUUGCGUGAGCGCCAACAGACCGAGGAUCGUGAGAUACUCGUCGAUGGCUUUGAGACGGUGCGUUUUCAAAACAACAACAAUAACAACAAUAGCAGUAGCAGCAUUCGUAAUGAUGAGUAUUAAUGUAAAUUAACAUAAAUAUGAAAUUGUAAUCAUAACUACAAAGGUCAACUUACCAUUACUAUAAGCGCAACUUAUGCAUCCCUUGACUCCUUGGCCGUUCCUUCAGCUUCGUCGUCGGCGUUGUUGCUGUUGUUAGCAAAUAACAUUGUCGGCACACUGCUCGAGGGCAGCAACAUAAUGUCGCUGUCCGAGGUGGGUGUGGGUGUGCGUGGCGACGGAACCUGUUGGCGUGCCUUGGCACGCUCCAUUUUGGCCUGCUCAUACUCUUUGAGUUCUGAGAGUUUAAGUUGUAUAGUCUGUAGUUCCCGGCGACGCAUUUUAUAAUGUUUGUUGGUCUUUUGUUUUGCUUUCCUGCUUUGUUUUUAGUGAUGAGUGACGCUUGAUGUACCGAUAUUUUUAAGCUACCGACUAUCGAGUAGAGUAUGAAUAAGAAAUAAGUCAAAAUGGACGUUUUGUGGCGAUUGUUUUUAUAAUUAUUACAAUAAAAUGAAAAGAUUUCAGUCCUUA